CCAAGGAACCCGGACUUCACCCCCGCGCGGCCGCACCGCGCUCCCGCAGUCCCCGGCUCCCCGCAGCCCCACCACGCCGCGCUCGCCACCGGAGAGCGGAGAGGUCAAUAGAAUAAAGCGAGCGAACCCAAUGCAGGCCGCAACCACCACCACCACCACCACCACCGUCUGCGCGCACCCGCACACGAAGCCUUCGUCGGCCCCCUUCCUCCGGCUGUCCCCUCCUUGCCGCGUCAGCUUCCGCGCUUCUCUGCUCCCGAACCUGAGGGCGACCGCCAUGGCAGCCACGUCGCAGCAGCAGGAGCAGCUGGUCAUCACGCGCCCCGACGACUGGCACCUCCACAUUCGUGAAGGCGGCGUCCUCGAGGCUGUGCUGCCACACAGCGCGAGGCAUUUUGGGAGGGCUAUCAUCAUGCCCAACUUGAAGCCGCCGGUGACCACGACGGCGCGCGCCGUGGAGUACAGGGAGGAGAUCAUGAGGGCGCUGCCGCCCGGGAGUAGUUUCGUGCCACUCAUGACGCUUUACCUCACGGACAACACUAGUCCGGAGGAGAUCAAACUCGCAAGAAAGAGUGGUGUAGUCUUUGCUGUGAAGCUGUAUCCUGCCGGAGCAACUACCAAUUCCCAAGAUGGUGUCACUGACAUUGGGAAAUGCUUGCCUGUCCUCGAGGAGAUGGUCAGGCAGGAAAUGCCUUUGCUUGUUCAUGGUGAAGUCACAGAUCCACAUGUUGACACCUUUGACCGGGAGAAGGUUUUUAUUGAUAGAAUAUUGGCACCACUUGGACAAAAACUUCCACAGCUGAAAAUCGUCAUGGAACAUAUCACAACUAUGGAUGCAGUGAACUUCAUAGAAUCAUGUGAAGAAGGUCAUGUUGCUGCAACAGUGACUCCCCAGCAUCUCCUCCUCAAUAGGAAUGCUUUAUUUCAGGGUGGCUUGCAGCCACACAAUUACUGCUUGCCAGUACUGAAAAGAGAGAUUCAUAGACAAGCUAUUGUAUCUGCUGUAACAAGUGGGAGUAGAAGGUACUUUCUUGGUACCGAUAGCGCUCCCCAUGAUAAACGGAACAAAGAAUGUUCCUGUGGAUGCGCAGGAAUAUACAGUGCUCCUGUUGCCUUGUCUCUUUACGCGAAGGUAUUUGAAGAGGCUGGUGCCCUAGAUAAGUUAGAAGCAUUUACAAGCUUCAACGGCCCUGAUUUUUAUGGCUUACCAAGGAACACAUCCAAGAUUGUCUUGAGAAAGAGUGCCUGGAAAGUUCCCGCAUCCUAUAAACACAGUUCAGGGGAGAUUGUGCCUAUGUUUACUGGCAGCACCCUUGAUUGGCUUCCAUCUGAUCAGCCUGAAGAAUAAACAAUUUGCAUUAUUGGACGAUGCACUUGGGUGGAAUCAAUAAGUGGAGUCAUUCCAUUUGUUUUCCUCGUUUUCUGUUAGAAUCAGCAUAGGAAACUGUCUUCAGACAUAAGCUUGUCCUAUGCCUCUACGUGAAAUUCUUGAAGGCAAGACUAGCGAGAAUAACAUAUCGAAAGCAAUGGCGAAAUGUCUGCUUGUUGAGUUAUAUUAUAUCCUUUUGGGAUUGCAGACUUGCAGUACAAUUUCAGAAACGGGGCACAGUAUACUGUUUUUUUUUGUUGAAAGCAACAGUGUACUGUUUUCAAGGGUGAUCUACUGAUCUAGGCAUCAGGGCACCCAUGAUGAAUGAAUAAUUGAAUUUACAUCGCUGAGUA